AAGGUGGCUUCAUAUUAAGUGCUGUCUAUUCAGUGUCAACUCCUGCUGAUCGUGUACACCUGUGGUUCUCAAACGACGAGAGGUGCUGUGGGACUGAACCAAGACAUGAGGACUCCAAGCUUGCUGGGGAUUGCACUCCUCUGCCUGUGUGCCAUGCCUGCUGCAAUGGAUGAUGGUCACCACUUCCCAAAGCAGUGUGGUGGUCAACGCUACUGGCAAAAAGUGGGCCCCUACUGUGCAAAGUAUUUCAACACACCAAGCUCCUUUGCCGAUGCUGAGUCUGCUUGCAGGCAGGCAGCUUCAGGGGGUCACCUGAUCUCCGUGCACGAUGAACAAACAAAUGCGGAUGUCUUGGCUGUCGUGUUGGAAUACAACCCCUCCUCACCAAGGACCUGGUUGGGUGGUAAAAGGCUUGGUCAGUCGAGUACAUUCGUCUGGACAGAUGAUUCUUCUUGGGAUUUUGAGAAAUGGGUUCCAGGUCAACCAGAUGAUGCCGGAAAUCAUGAGAACUGUGUGGAGAUGAACUGGAAAGACUUGGGGGAAUGGAAUGAUGAUUGGUGCGUCAAACGGAAACCUUUCAUCUGCGCCUUCCAGUGGCAGCUUGAGUGGGGAGACUGAAUGAUGGAAACACGCUACUGCAUCGCUUAUAAAAAUCAGG